GAGAAUCUAGAUCACCAACAGAAACCUGUGCGGACUAGUUUUACCAUCAAAGUUCAUUUUACCCAUCUGACGAAGAAAACUAUGAUUACCUUACCAAUGAUCCUUUUAGCCAUUCUACUGUGUGCUCACAUUCCUCAAGUCAGAUGUCAGCUUCCUCUUCAGCCCGAUGAUAAAAAUCCCAAAUGUGACUUAUCCUGUGAACUUGAGGAGCCUUCUUUAGUGUGUGGGACAGACGGACGGACUUACCAGUCACCUUGUGAGAUAGAGCGUGCAAAAUGUGAAGGAUACCCCGUAAAAGUGAAGAAUGAGGGAGAAUGUUCUGGUUCACCAAACUGUUUUGAUGUACGGAGAUUAGCAUUAGCCCAGGCUUCGGAGGGGAACCGUAGGGUGACCAUUCCUGAGUGUAAGGAGGACGGUUCCUAUAUGGAAGUCCAGUGUCAUCGAACAACAGGCUACUGCUGGUGUGUGGAUGACAACGGAAAACAUGUACAGGGUACUUCGGUCAAAAAUAGGCAGCCGAACUGUGGCAAGAUGGAGAAAAGAACUAACAAGCGUCGAUCGUCAAGACGAAGACGAAGAAAAGGUUGUAGUAGCACUGAUAAAACAACAUUUAACAACAACCUGGUGAAAAUCUUCAAGUCUGAGUACGACCGGUUACAGAAUCCACCUGAUUUUGGGUUGCUACUUAACCAAGAAACCCAACGGGUCAUCAGAUGGAAGUUUGAUCAACUGGACACGAACAAAGACGAUGUACUCAAAAGAAGAGAAGUUCGAGAUCUUCGUCGAAUGGCGAAGAAAAUAAUUGAACCUCGCCAGUGUGCCAAAACGUUUGUUAGACAUUGCGAUUUUGAUCAUGAUAAAAAUAUUUCCCUGGUUGAAUGGUCAAAAUGUCUCGUAACAGAUCUAAGUAAAGAGAAUCCUGUGAGCACAUCGACAGAAAGGAAAUUGCCACCCUCAGAUGACACCAUAAAAUCACAGAGGCAACCAUCUUCUCAUCUUCGCCCAGCUCCCAGCAGGACUACGUUUCUUCAAGAUAGUGAUGAAGACUUCUUGGAUAAAUGUAAGGAGGCGAGAGAGAAAGCGCUUGAGACCCAGAAAACGUCCCCUCAGAGCGGAGUUUAUGUCCCAGAGUGUAAGCAAAACGGGCAUUACAAGGAUACCCAGUGCUUCAAGAAUAGGAACAAAGCAGUGUGCUGGUGCGUAAGAACCACAGAUGGGAAACCAAUCUUAGGAACUACUUCUCACAGCGGACGACCACGGUGUAGAAAACUCCGAAAAACCGCCAAAAUGUUCAAAGGUUGUAGAAUUCAUAAUAAGCAUAUUUUCCUCAAUGAAUUCCUUGAGUAUUUAGGCAAUGAAAUGAUGAUCUCGGCUCGAAAUAUGUCGUCUAGCACUGCAGAGAAACCAACCAAUGAACAGGCCGCUAGAUGGAAGUUUAAGGAUCUCGAUUUGAAUAAUAACGAGGUCCUAGAACGAAGAGGUAAGGAAUGGAAAACUUUUCGACGUUCCUGGAAACAUUUUAGAAAGUCUAAGAGAAGCCGGAAACGAUUAAAAAAAUGUUGGAGAAACUUACUUUGGUACUGCGACAAAAUAGGUAACAACGACAAGAACGUGAAUUUACAAGAAUGGCUACAGUGUAUAGAAGUAAAGAAAGUCCGGAUAAAGACACCUGGUGAUGCUGUGAAGGGAAAAAACCCUUUCAAAAGAAUACUGAAACCGCUUCAGGCACAUUAGUCAAACAUUGUUAACGUCUGUUUGAUGUCUGCUUUCAAGUGGAUGCUGAAACUACGUAAUGACUAGCCGCCAUUUAGACUGGCAACCCUGAUUUCCAACAAGUUAAGUCAUUAAAAUGUUUAUAUAAUGUCAAAUACAUCUCAUAAUGUGAAUGGCUUAUGACAGUAAUAACCAGUUAAUAUGACAAUCACAUCGUGUUUUUCUUCUAUCAGUUCUGAGGCUAGUCUUCGGAGAUCGGGUACAGGUCCGCUGUAUUGUUGCGCCAUCUAUCGUUCAAAUGAAAUAUAAUAUUUACUAAAUAUAAAGCACCUCGAUAAUUAUUUCAUACAAUUUUAAAUGGUGUUGUGUUUGAGUGAACUCGUGGUAUGUGGUAAUAUUGCGUGAUAAAUAAAUAGGUAAUUUUUAAGAGUCACAGCAAUAUGUUUGACAAAGAGUGUAGUUUUGAGAACAGAUGCGUCAAAUAUAAUAAAACAUGAAGAUUCACAUAUUAAGAACUACGUUUUCUUUCUUCUUAUCGCUGCAAAAAAUUCAAAGAUAUUUGAAAUUGUACGUGGUUUUUAAGUUUGGGAUUUAAAUGAAGUGUUAGGAAAGAAUUUGUA